AUGUCUACCCAGAAGUCUUUCUUCGACGCUGUUAUUGAGCGUCGCACAUACUACCAGCUCAACAAGGAGUCGCCCAUCUCCGACAAGCAGAUCACUGAUAUUGCUGAGAAGGCUCUUCUUCAUGUCCCUUCAUCCUUCAACUCUCAGAGCACCCGUCUGGUCGUUCUUCUGAACAACGACCAUGAGAAGUUCUGGGACUUUGUCCUUGAGGUCCUGAAACCCCUCACUCCUGAGGAGCAAUUCCCCAAGACUGAGCAGAAGAUUGGAGGAUUCAAGGCGGCGAAGGGAACAAUUCUCUGCUACGAAGACCCCGAGCCAGUUGAGGGUCUCCGCAAGGCCUUCCCUCUCUAUGCCCACCACUUUGGCGACUGGUCUGAACACACGAACGCCAUGCACCAAUACGCUCUCUGGGUCGCCUUGGAAGCCGAGGGCCUUGGUGCCAACCUGCAACACUACAACCCCAUCAUCGACCAAAAGGCUGCUCAGGAAUGGAGCAUUCCCCUAGAGUGGAAGCUUAGGGGUCAGCUGGUCUUCGGUGGACGCGCAGGCGAGCCCGGCGAGAAGAAGUUCCAGGAAGUGCAAGGCAAGAGACUGUUUGUGCACGGAGCGAAGGAGUAG